AUGCAGUCCAAGGUGCUGAGCCUCGAGCUGCUGCUGAGCGUGCUCGAGCACGCGGGCCCGUCGUUCCGCGGCGGCGCGCGCUUCGUCGGCGCCGUGCGCCAGUAUCUCUGCGUGUCCCUGCUGAAGAACUGCACGUCGAACGUGACGCACGUCGUCGCGCUGAGCCUGCGCAUCUUCGUCGCGCUCAUCUCCAAGUUCCGCGACCACCUCAAGGCGGAGAUCGAGGUCUUCAUCCACCACAUCUUCCUGCGGAUUUUAGAUUCGGACAACUCGACGCACGAGCACAAGAUGCUCGUGCUCGAGGUCUUCCACAAGCUCUGCGGCGACACGGACUCGCUCGUCGAGAUCUUCCUGAGCUACGACGCGGACUUCGAGUCCGUGGACGUCUUCAAGCACAUCGUCGUCGCGCUGGCGCGCGUCGUCAAGGGGUCGGCG